AUGCACUUCGCCAGCCUCCUCUCCAUCGCCACUCUGGCCUCGGCCGCUUCUAUCAAGGUCAACUUCUACUCUGAUACCGGCUGCCGUAACUUCAUCGGCUCCCGAUUCAUCGACUACAACCCCAACCAGGGCGGUACCUACCACUCUGGUGGUCCCGCCGGCUCUCGUGGUGGUCUUUAUGUUGACUCCAACGGAUCUGGUCUCUCUUACCGCGGCUUCAGCAACCGUGCUGAUGGUAGCCAGCCCUUCACUGGUAACUUGCGCGACGGACAGUGCAUCGGCACAACCGCUGGUCUCUACGCUGUUUUCACUGUUUAA